AUGCCCACAGGCUCGGGCAAAACAACCGUCUUCGUCUCGCUGUUGCACAAGGUCAUGGCUGCAAAGGAGAGACCACAUGCCAAACGGUCACUCAUCAUCGUCAAUUCGAUAGAGCUCGCUCUCCAGGCCGCAAAUCAAGUCAAGCGAAUGUUUCCAGACACGACCGUAGAAAUUGAGCAAGGAAAGAAUAGUGCAUCGGGUUUGGCCGACAUCACGGUCGCGACGUACCAGACCCUAGCUCGUGGUGGACGCCUCGAGAAAUUUGAUCCAAGGUGGACCAAGGCAGUCAUUGUCGACGAAGCGCACCAUGCAGCUGCUAAAUCGUACCUGUCAAUCCUUUCGCACUUUGACCCAGUUGUCGGUAUAAAAGAUGCUCCACCGGAACAAUCCACCUUAGUUCCUAUCAUUGGCUUCUCAGCUACCUUUGGCAGGCACGAUGGGCAGGCCCUAGGUGCCGUCUUCCAAGAGAUUGUCUAUCAUAAAGACUUUCUCCAAAUGAUAAAGGAUCAAUGGUUAUGCAAUGUUCGGUUCACCAUCGUCAAGGCUAACAUUGAUCUAUCUGCGGUCACGGUCAAUCGAGCGAGCGGAGAUUUUGCAGCCUCUAGUCUAGCGCAGGUCAUGAAUACUGAAGCCAUCAAUUCUUUGGUAGUUCAGAGCUGGAUUGAAAAGGCCGGGAACCGCAAGUCGACUCUGGUCUUUUGCACCAACACUGCCCACGUACAUGACCUCACCAACGAGUUUCGUAAACGGGGCGUAGAUGCACGAUACAUUCAUGCUGGCACGCCAGCAAAAGAGCGACUCGCUCUCUUGGACGGCUUUCGGUCAGGGUUGUUCCCAGUUUUGGUGAACUGCGCCAUCCUCACAGAAGGGGCCGACGUCCCGAACAUUGACUGCGUGGUUAUCGCUCGUCCGACACGUUCCAGAAAUAUUUUUGCCCAAAUGAUUGGACGUGGAAUGCGAUUGUCGCCGGGUACAGGCAAAGAAGACUGUCAUAUUCUCGACUUUGUUGAUACCCAUGAUCGUGUCGCAGGGACGUUUUCGACUCCGACCCUGUUUGGUUUGCAUCCCAGUGACAUUGAAUCGGGUGCGACAUUGGAAGAGUUGAUGGCGAAAAAGGAAGCGGCUCAGGAGGAUGACAAGGAGCGUCCGGCCAGAGAAACUGAGGAGCCCAUGGACUCGCCACGCAUCAAGAGUGUGACAUAUGUCGAGCAUGAGGAUCCAUUCAGCUGGGAGUAUGACUCUAAGCGAGAGAAGCAUAUUCACUCUCUUAGCGCGCUGUCUUGGGUACCUAUCCAGGGCUCUUACAUUCUCGAGUGCAUGGGUAAAGGCAGCAUGCGAAUUCAGCCCUUUGAAGAUGCCAAUGGCAAGCGGAUAUGGGAAGUCAACUUUAUCGCAGCAUGGGACAAGGAAUCGAUGAAGCAGCUCUUUGGUCGACCAGGAGGGAUCGCUGGACGAACAAGACGGAUUGCGACAGCCGGAACCUUGCCCGACGCCGUCAGCGCCGCCGAGAGCUUUGCAAAACAAAAGCUCGCCCCAGGGCAAUUGGGACUCGGAUUACUCCGGACAGCAAAAUGGCGACAGGGUCCCUCGACGCUCCCACAGCGACAAAUUCUCGCCAAGAGUCUUGGUAUAAGCCUGGAUCCAAAGUCAAAGGAGGUUGAUCCUGCAAAAGCGCAUAUGCGUGCGUUUUCGAGAGUGCAUUCAAAGGAGGACCUCGCUCGAUUGACAAAGGGCCGAGCGGCGGAUAUGAUUACCAAGUUACGUAGUGGUGUCAAGGGUGCAUACGACAAGGAGUUGAAGCGGCGAGCUCGAGAGGCGAAAGAACAGCAAAAGGAAGAUUCAAGACGAGCACGCGAGACUGUUCGAGUCGGUCCCUUGUCUACUUGA